AUGUCGACGCCGCUGCUUGCCGUCUGGGAGGCUGCUGCUUCCUCGCCGUACCAGCCCUCCAUCUCCAAGGACUCGCAGUUCACUGUCGGCGCUUUCCUGCUGCUGAUUGCGCUGUUUCUCGCCGGCGUCUUCGGUCUGAACUUGAAGUUCAUCAACCUCCCGCUCCUCGGUGUACCAGCUUCGUUAGCAUUCGGCUUCGGCGCAGUCUACAUGAUCUGCGCGGUCGGUGUAUACGUCUGA